CCAAUAUAUCUACUGCCACUUAUUAUUGUGCUUCCGUGUAGAAAUCCUUUCCGCAAUGGUACUAAUAAUGGCAAGGUCUGAUAGCAUUCCACUGGACGUUUGAAAACGGCCUUAUAUUGUGGUCGCCACAGGGUUUCAUCGUUUGUGGUAUUUCAGUCGAAGGGCUUUUCACGGUCCUGUUACCUGGUAUAUCACGGCUGGACAUCACAAACGUCACUGGGUUGUAAGAUAUCUGCUAUGGGUUUAAUGUGGGUAUAACUAAAGAGUUUACGGUGAUAAUUCGUUCGGCUCAAAAGAGGGUUUGCGCAGCCUGAGCGCUUGGAGAUGAACGUCAUCUGGCGGAAAAUGCAUGCCAUUGGCUCUUGUUGUUUUGCUCCCUUUCCCUUUUCAGUGCCUAGAAGGGUGGCAAGGGUAGAAGGAUCAAGGCCCAGAGAAAGUGCAAUUUCUGAUCCCUAGAUCAAGAGAAAAGUGCAUAUACUGUUACAUUGUAUAUGGGAGAGAGAGGAAGAGAAAAUCUCAUUGUACUAUUUAUUCACAUUAUUUUGCUGCUAAUAUGUUCGGAGGGGCUCAAUAAGUCAUGACAAAUCAUGGAAAUGCAUGUGAUUGUAUAUAAGGUUAACCGACUCAUCGUUUCCACUCAUUCAUCUCAUUCUGGCUGCGUCCCAUGGUCCUUUGAAUUUGGUUUGAUUUUUGCAAGUUUAUUUUUCUCUUCAGCUGGCAAAGUGCAGCUUCAUACACGGGAAGGGAGCACAAAGAGGCGGGGCAAGAGAGCUAGGGCAGAUCAUCACAUAUAUUGCCGCGGGAGAAUCUCAAGCAAGGAGUCAUACGAUUCUUUAGGGGGGGAAAUCCGUCGUCGUGUUUUCUACCUCCUUUUGAGUAGUCGGAAUCGGCACUUGGCAACCCAAAUUGCACAGAGAGAGUUCCGCAAAAAGGGGAUAGCAAAAUCAUUUCCAUAG